AUGGACCAAGCCACGAACAGCCCGGCCAGGUGCCGCGAGUUUGACGCGAAGCUCGAGCGGAUCUCCGACCAAAGCAAGUGCGGGGAGAUGGCCAAGGCCGGCUUUGUCGGCGACGGACACGUCCACUUCAAGGGCGAGACGCCGGGGCCCAGCAAAGACGCGGCGCCGGUUGAGGCUUCGCACAUGGCGCAGAGCGGAAGCGGAAAAGUGGGCGGGCUCCCGGGGUGA